AGCAGAAAUGGCAGAAGAAAUCCUGCUACUGAUGUAGGUUUGCAGUUACUAUUCUCCAAGAAGCUCUUCAGGACAUCAGAAAAAAAGGCAGAUGGGCCAGGUCCUCAUGCCAUCAGUGUGCUUAGAGUGCAGAAAGAUCUGACCUGCUUCUCUGGUGUAGUGUGAUGCUGGAGUUCUGACUCCACCAAGACUAAAAAAUGGCAGCACUGUCCAUAAAGGUGCAGACAAUGAGGUAAAGCUUUGGCUAAACAGGAAGAUUUGCUGGGCCUAUUCUGACAUCUUCCACCUGCCAGAGGUGUGAACUUUGGUGUUGUGGUUAAAUUACAACUCUGAUGAUGGUGUAGUUAACUGACACUAAGGGAGAAGUUUUAAAUUCCUUCCAUGCCUAUAUAUAUUUUUCAUUUCUAAUAAUCAAUGCUUGUCCUUUUUCCCGUCCCAGAACUGACUGUGUUUCAGUGGGAUUCAGUGAUUCCCUGACAGGAAAAGCAACUCUUUUCCCAUCUGGCAGUCAACUGCUCCUCGCAGAGCCUGUGCAGGUUUCUCUUUCAGUGAGUUAGCUGGCAGGUGAUGCAAGGCCCUUCUUUGAUACAGGAUGCACCAAAGAAAUAACUUUCAGGAGAAAAGCCUAGAGUAAAUGUUUUAUAAAGUAGUGCAGAGACUGUGAUAUGCCCAUGGCUUUUCCAAACAAGGCAUUUCCAGCUUUGCUCCUUUCGAGCAGUUUCUCGUAUUCAGCCAUGAACUCAAUAAUGCAGGAGGGUGACACCUUAAAAUAGAACAAUGUUAAUAUUUUACAGCAAGGCUCUUUCUUCUGGUUAUGCUUGGUUUCUAUCUUGGAGUGUUCAGAAUGAGCUUUGAGAGUUAUCUUCUCUUUCCUCUUCCCCAUCUGCUGCAAAUGUAAUUAAUUUUAGAACAGGCAGUUUUUUAUGCAAUUGGGGAAGCAAAGCUGUGUCCUCAUGUGUUAAACUCAGCUACAGAUGCUGGAUCCCAUUAGUGGUAAAUAAUUGUUUGGGAUGCUAUUUUAGUCACCUGGGUCAAAAUGAAGCAUUCUAAGAUUAGUAGGUUUAUUGCAGUAAGGUGUGGUGUGUUCCCAUUUUUUAUAAAGACAAGGCUGGUGGUGGGAGGACUUCCCAGAAAUGUACUAGCCGCAGGACAGAGGUAUUAAAGUUCUGAACAGUGGUAAAAUUAUUGUUUCAUUUCUGCAUUUAUUUGAGUAAUGUGUCACUCACGAGUCACAAGGUGCACAGCCCAACUGUCCGGACACUGCAGAGGCUACUUCAGCAACAUCUCACCUGUAAGUGCUUUCUGGACGUGCUUGGCAAGAUGGAGCCACCGACCUCCUCCAGGCUGAAUUCCCGAAAGAGAAGAAAAGAUGGAUCAGGCCCUAAUGGGGCAACAGAGCUGGAUGGAAUCCCUCCAAAAAUGUCCCGACGCUCACUUGGGCUGAGGGAGCCAGCUCCAUUCUCAGAUGAAGUGGAGAUCGACUACAGCAAGCCAUACAUCAGAGUAACGUAUGAAGAAGCCAUGAGAGGGACCCCUUUGGAUCGCCCUGUCAGAGUUUAUGCUGAUGGAAUAUUUGACUUGUUCCAUUCUGGACAUGCCCGGGCUUUGAUGCAAGCAAAGAACCUCUUCCCAAACACAUACCUCAUUGUUGGAGUCUGCAGUGAUGAGCUGACCCACAACUUCAAGGGUUUCACGGUAAUGAAUGAAAACGAGCGUUACGAUGCUGUGCAGCACUGUCGUUACGUGGACGAGGUGGUGAGAAAUGCACCCUGGACCCUCACACCCGAGUUCCUGGCAGAGCACAGGAUCGACUUUGUUGCACAUGAUGACAUCCCCUACUCUUCUGCUGGCAGUGAUGAUGUCUAUAAGCAUAUAAAAGAAGCAGGCAUGUUUGCACCAACCCAGAGGACUGAGGGCAUCUCCACAUCCGACAUCAUCACGCGCAUCGUGCGGGACUACGACGUCUAUGCCAGGCGGAACCUGCAGCGGGGCUACACGGCCAAGGAGCUCAACGUCAGCUUCAUAAACGAGAAAAAAUAUCACCUCCAGGAACGCGUGGAUAAGGUGAAAAAGAGAGUGAAGGAUGUAGAGGAGAAGUCAAAGGAAUUUGUCCAGAAAGUGGAAGAGAAGAGUAUUGAUCUCAUUCAGAAGUGGGAAGAGAAGUCCCGGGAGUUCAUCGGCAAUUUCCUGGAGAUGUUUGGCCCAGAGGGAGCAUUGAAACACAUGCUGAAAGAGGGCAAGGGCCGGAUGCUGCAGGCCAUCAGCCCAAAGCAGAGUCCCAGCAGCAGCCCCACACACGACCGCUCACCGUCUCCCUCCUUCCGCUGGCCCUUUUCCACCAAGACUCCUCCUUCCUCACCUGCCAACCGCACCAGGAACGAGUCUGCAGUCACCUAUGACAUCAGUGAGGAUGAAGAGGAUUAACCUACCUGCCAGGAUUUGCUGCAGACCGCUAAUCACUGAAUCCUAAGUCCAGACCCACUGGGGAACUCUAAAUGAGCAAGAGAGCCAUAGGAACAGGGCUGAUGGUGAGCACAGGGCCUUGGAGGCACCCGUUGCUCUUAGCAAGGGCUGCUGCCUGGAAGCACAUUCAAACCUCCUCUCCCUUCUUCUCCCUAAAUCCUCUUUUUAUUGUUUACGUUCUAGCGGUUUCCAGGGUGAAGAUGGUUUUUAUAUUUUAAGAAAAUCUUUGUUUAAAGGGCAAAGAAUAGCACUCAAGCGUGGCUUUUGUUUUGGUUUCUUUUCCCUUGUUAAACCUCCAGGCAAGAGGGAGAGUGCGAAGACCCAUCUGUCUUCUUCUUUCCUUCAGCUCCUCUGUUUUAUCCCCCCUACCCCCAGGCACUAUCUGUGCCACUGCCAAACGAAAGACCCCUCAGUUCCUCAACCAGCAUGACCUCGAGAGCACACACAAAGCAGUGGUGUAAUGAGGCUUCUAGGAAAUAGAGACAUCCCUACUGGGCUGGAGCCGAUAGGAAUCUAUCCAGCAGACCUGUAGUGCUCGCAUGGCUCUUAACUGAGCUUCCCAGUGUGUUGCAGUGAGGACGUGCUGGGCAGGGGGUACCAGCUUGGCACGCAGGAGUUACACCCGGGAAGGACUUGCAGCACUGUAGAGUGGCACACCCCAUAAAGUGCACAGCAUUCAUGGCUCCAAACAGUGGAGGGGCUGCAGGGGAAAGGCCUUUCCAGCUAAUCUUAACAAGACUGCUAAAUCCUGAGGUAAAAUUGAGCCCUGAGUUGCUGUUGGAGAGAAGAGAAUGAAUCUUUGCUUCAGAGCACUUGCUGUCAUGCAUUUCCUUGAGUGUGUGAGAGGCCAGGUAGGAAAUGAAUGUGUGUAGUCUUUUGAGAAAUUCCUUGUUCCAGUCUGUGGUGUGUUACAUGUUUUAGUGUCUGUCCAAAUGGUCCCUCAGCACUGUGCUCUGUGUGUGUUUGUGUUUCAGUUGCUGUGCUCUAGGGGCUGGAGGAGUCCUUCACACUGGUGCCAUGAAGUCGCUGCUCUAAGGGCAAAGCAGCCAGUUCGCUGCCCGUGUCAGUGUGUGCAGCUGGACAGAUGAAGGGCCCCAGUCCUGUGUGACAGUUACCUGGCUUGUGUAGUACGUGCACAAAUCCAUGCCUACUCACUCUGCUCCAUGAGGCAGAGUGGAAGGAGCAUCAGAGAGUGCUGCAGCUUUUUAAGGUUAUUUAAAUACACAGUGCUCGUUUGAGUCCAUGGUCCAAGUUGUGCCUGCUGUCAUGUCUGUGAUACACACUGAGCUUUGUGGCCUGUGGGUCCCCAAGGGGACUUGCCCUCCCCAUGGCUGAGCAGAGCAGGUUGGUGCACUCUGUUCUGCAGCUAGCACUGAAGAAAUUUGCCUUGCUGUCUUGUAGCUGUGGAGCUUUUCUGCCAGGGUUUGGUUCUGUUACCCACUGUCUCUGGGUGGAGCUGCUGGGCUGAGUUGCCUGUAUCCUGUGGUGCUGGAAACAGAGGACAGCUCAGACCCCUGUCAGCAAUGCUGCAGGGAGGUCUCCAGAGCAGGAUGUGAGGCUUGGGGAGCAGCAGAUGCAAGGAGGAAACUCAUCAAGUGCUGCCACAAGCUCGGCACGCUGUGAUGCUUCCAGAGCACAUGGUGGCCCUGUGGUAGGAACAGGCUGCAGCUUCUUUCCAGCUUUUGUCUUAAUGGUCUUUUGUCAUGCUGCCCAAAGGGCUUGACAGAGGUUCUGUGCUUCUCUUGAGGCCAGAACCAGUAUGGGAAAGGGUGUUUUGGGGAUCCCUAAUCUGCCACUUGGACCUCUUUCAGCAGGGAUGUGCACAGCUGUGGGAGCAUGGCUGGCUGCUGUAGAUUUUAAACUGUAAGGAGCAAAUAACAGCCACAUGGUAGAAUCCAGUUAUUAAUCCUCUGGUUUAUGAGUGGUAGAACACUUUGUAUCACCCACAUUGUCUCUUCCCUUAUCUUCCCUUCCUCACCCUUCCCUCAGUACGAAUGUUGCGGUUGCUUCCCUGAGCCAAUUCACAAAGGCCAGGCUGCUUUAGAGCCUUACUAUUGUUUUAAACACAAGUUAUGCAACAGUGUUCUGUAAGUUUGGGUAACCAUGGUGUUUUGGAUGGUGGCUUGUUCUGCAGAGACCUUAACAUACUUGGUCUCUCUGCAAAAUCUGGGGUGCUUGGUAAGAAGCCAGCUGUGGUUUUACAUGUAGCUUGGAAUAACAGAGCUGUUUUCUUGUAACCAAUAAUCUCUGCUUCCUCCUUGCACUGAAAUUAAAUUGGACACUGAAAUCCCA